GAAGUAUUCAUCGCACAGUCCAAAUAGCAACAAUGCCGAGACUACACCAGCUGAUGGUGCUCCUGAUCACCUGUAAUACUGUGACGAGUGAAAUAAAAAAUGUUGGAUGGUGGAAAAAUGCUGUGUUCUAUCAGAUUUACCCCAGAAGUUUCCAGGACGCCAAUGGUGAUGGCUACGGUGACCUGAAGGGAAUUACAAACAGAUUAGAACAUUUCAAAGAUACCGGAAUCGAUGCGGUUUGGCUGUCGCCGAUUUAUGCCAGUCCCAUGGUGGAUUUUGGUUACGACAUCUCCGAUUUUCGAAAAAUUCAACCAGAAUACGGAACAGACGCGGAUUUCAAAGAAUUGAUGACAAAAGCUAAGAAAUUAGGGAUAAAGGUAGUUAUGGAUUUAGUGCCUAAUCAUACAUCUGACGAGCACGAGUGGUUCCAAAAAAGUCUCAACCAAACCGAUAAAUACAAGGAUUAUUACAUCUGGGUUAAUAAACCGGUUGGUAAUGCAGUUAUAAACAAUUGGAUUAGUGUCUUCGGGGGUUCCCCCUGGAACUGCACCUCACCGCGCCAACAAUGCUAUUUCCAUCAAUUCCACUACAAACAGCCGGACUUGAAUUUCCGAAACGAGGAAGUCAAACGAGAAAUGGAAGACGUAAUUAAAUACUGGUUAGACCAAGGAAUAGAUGGCUUCCGUGUUGAUGCAGUUCCUCACUUAUACGAAGUGGAAAAUCUUCUGGAUGAACCGAGGACAUAUGCAACUGGAGUCACUUCUGCCGAAUACGCUUACUUGAACCAUGUGCACACGAAGGAUCAACCCGAGACCUACGCGUUGGUGAAAUCUUGGCGGAAGGUGUUGGAUGAUUACGCAAACAAUACCAAUUCCGAUGAGAAGGUGAUGAUGACUGAGGCAUACACGACGCUGGGAAACACAACAAGAUUCUAUGACAGCGGUUCCCACGUUCCAUUCAACUUCUUCUUCAUAACUGGUGCAAAUCGCAAUUCAACACCGGAUCAGUUCAAAUCGAUUAUCGAUAAUUGGCUCGAAGAAACGGCAAAGAGAAAUGGAGCCGCUGCCAAUUGGGUGAUGGGUAAUCACGACAGACCACGAACAGAAAGUAGAUAUCCGGGCCGAGGAGAUCAGAUGACAAUGCUUGCCAUGAUUUUACCAGGAGUCACUGUGACGUACUACGGUGAAGAGAUAGGAAUGGUUGAUAAAACAGACAUCACCUUUGAAGAAACUCAAGAUCCCCAGGGCUGCAAUGCUGGACCAGAUAAGUUCAAAGAAAAAUCCCGUGAUCCCAACAGAACUCCAAUGCAGUGGGACAACAGCACGAAUGCUGGUUUCAACAACGGGACAAAACCCUGGAUUCCUGUACAUGAAAAUUAUCGCACACUGAAUCUGGCUGUGCAGAAAGCUGCCAAGGCUUCUCAUUACAAGAUUUACCAAAAACUCAUUCGUCUGAAGAAGACAAAAGCAGCACUUAUUACUGGUAAAACUCAAGCUCUGGUAUCUGCUGACAAGAAAUCGCUUCUGGUGGUCAGAUCUACCGACACAGAAGUCGUAGUUUUAAUCAUCAACUUCUCGGAUACUCAGGCUGUCACUAUCAAUCUGUUAACCCAAUUGCCUUCGCUUGCGUCUGCUGGACUCGUUGAAGUUGCCACUCUGGAUUCACCGAUUAAAGAAGGGUCGGCUGUCAACCUGAAGAAACUGUCAAUCGCAGCCAAACAAUCUCUCGUUGUGUCCGCCAAGAUUAAAAAAUAAAAAGUGAUGCAAAUUCUUCGUGAAAAAUAAAUCGAUAUCUUUGGAAAAAUCAUAUCGAAAUUACGAAUUAUAUAGUUAUUUCAUAAAUAUAUAUAUGUUAUAACGAACUUGUGAAAUACAUACUUGAUGAUGAAAAUGUUA